AUGAAGCGGAUACGAGAGCAGGCGAAUGACGCUGAAAGAAAUUGCAAAAAGCCUCCGCCCACUUUUGGCUCGGACUGCAACCAAAAGCAGUUCAAAUCGGGUACUGUAUGCGUCUGUGACCUCACGAAUUGUGAUGAGAUCCCAAAAAUCGAUUUGACCUCCGGACAAGCUGCCACGUUCACCACAACGAACGCUGGAGCGAGAUUACAUCGGGAUAUUGUGUAUGCGACUAGUAGUGAUCCAGUAACCUCUCUGCACUUGACCAUUGACUCUUCUACCAAGUACCAAACGAUUCAAGGAUUCGGGUCCACGUUCUCAGAUGCUUCUGGAGCCAAUCUCAAAAGUCUUCCCGACAGACUAGCAGAUACAGUAAUCCAACAGUAUUUUUCGGAUUUUGGUCUCAACCUACAGUAUGCUCGGGUUCCAAUCGCUAGUAAUGAUUUUUCAAGUCGAGUUUAUACUUAUAACGAUGUUCCCGACGACUACAGUAUGACGCAUUUCGCACUUCAACGGGAAGAUUAUCAGUGGAAGAUUCCCUACAUGCAAAUGGCCCAAAAAUACAAUCACGACUUGAAAUUCUUUGCUGUUCCAUGGAGCGCACCAGGCUGGCUAAAAACGACCAACUCGACUGCGGGAUACGGUAGCUUGUUGGGCUCCAAUCAAGGCACUUAUCACAAAGCCUACGUGUCCUAUCUAAUCAAAUUUUUCGAGGAAUACAACAAACAAGGAAUCCAAUUUUGGGGGUUGAGCACUCAAAAUCAGCCAACCCUUGGGUCGGAUAAAAAGACCAAAAUGCAGUCGAUGCUAUUCACUGCUGAGACACAAAGAGAUUUCAUAAAAUUGGACCUCGGACCGGCUUUAAAAGCCUCAAGUGUCGCGAAAAGCCUAAAAGUGCUAAUUAUGGAUGAUAAUCGAGGAAAUUUGCCGAAAUGGGCGGAUACGGUUCUCAAAGACUCUGAAACUGCUUCAUAUGUUGCUGGCGUCGGCGUCCAUUCGUAUCAAGACGAUCAGAGUGAUAAGCAUUUGAUAGCAACCCAUGAAAACCAUCCGGAUUAUUUUAUUUUUGGAACGGAGGCCAGUGAGGGCUACAAAGCCAAGGAGCAAUCUGUGGAUUACGGUAGCUGGGAUCGUGCCGAGGACUAUGUGUCAGAUAUUGUUGAUGACUUGAACAAUUGGGUUGCUGGAUGGACCGAGAGGAAUUUGAUCCUGGAUGCUCAGGGUGGACCAUCAUGGGUUUCCGAUUUCACAGAUGCACCAAUUAUUGCCUUCCCAGCAUUGGCUCAGUUCUACAAACAGCCAAUGUUCUACGCGAUUGCUCAUUUUAGCCAUUUCCUAAAACCCGGAGCCGUGCGAAUCGAUCAUUCUCUCAAUGUACCAAACUUCGACAUUCAAAAAAGUGCAUUCUUGAAUCCGGAUGGCUCGAAAGUGGUGGUCCUUCAAAAUAAGAACAUUCUGGCGUCCUAUGGUAUCAGUGUGAAGGAUUCUCAACGGUCAUCAGAUCAUUAUCAAGUUCAUAUGGGUCCAAGAUCGAUUGUAACUUUGUAUAUUCAAAAUUAG